AUGUUUAGACUCUUUGCUUAUUUGAUGUUCUUCUCUGUCUUGGUACAACUUUCACUUGGAAAUGCUGGUUUCUAUGCACCAACCCCAAGACAAGCUUGUUCACCUGCUUCUCCAAAAGGAUGUAGUAAUACUGAAGCAUGUGUAUUAUCAAAUGCAGUUGAAUCCAAUAGAAAGGAUAUUGAUGUAACUGCAACCAAUACAUUCAAGAUUUACCAAGCCAAGCCAUACGCAUCAAAGAAUGAUUCCAACACUUUUACCAUCCAAUUGUUUGUUGACGGUCUCUCUUACACCUUAAAGACCGUUGAUCAAGACUCUAUUUCCCGUGAAAUUGGUUCAGUCUCUAUCCCAGUCCCAGCUCUCGACAAGACCAUCAUGGACCAAAUCGACUUUAAAAAGCCAGUUCCAGCAUACUACCAAAUGGUCUUUGACUCGCGUAACGGUGGUGGUGAUGUCUACUACUCGUGUGCCGAUGUCUUUUUGGUAAAGGGUGGUGUUCCAUCUAACAACUCUGCCACUACCGCCGGUGAUGUUCCACUCCCAACCCCGGCCCCAACUGCCUCUGCCACCUCUGGUUCUGGAUCCGAGGGAACUGCCGCUGCUACCACCUCUGCCGCCACCACUUCCGCUGCCACUGCUGCUGCCUCUACCGCCGCCACUGCCUCUGCCACCACCACUUCAGUUGCCACUGGUACCACUGGAGCUGGAGCUUCCACCACCUCUUCCACCGAGCCAUCACUCACAAGCACCACUGCCGAUGAAACCACUGGUCUCGCUUCAUCCCUCUCUCCAUUUGUUGGUAUGGUUAUGUGUGGUGUUACUGCCGUCGUCAUGUUUAUGUAA